CCAAGACAAGCCUCUUGACUGGAACUUGCAAAUAGUUAUAAAGGGGCUGAGUGAAUCAAUUAACUCCAUGGUUUUCAUGGAUACCUCUUCAUAAGUUUCUUUCUUUUAAACACGUGUCUCCUCUGAUUCUGUGGAGAUGAAAAUCGACAUCCAUACCCAUAUUCUACCAAAAGAAUGGCCAGAUCUAGAAAAGGCGCCGAAGGAGCCAUAGUGAAAGCUGUCUCAGCUUGAUCUACAAUGAGAUUUGGCUAUGGAGGCUGGGUGAAACUUCAGCACCACAACAAGGGAGAAGCAAGGAUGGUACAAGAUGGCAAAGUCUUCAGAGUGGUCCAAGAGAACUGCUGGGAUCCAGAAAUCCGUAUUAGAGAAAUGGAUCAGAAAGGAGUGACAGUACAAGUUCUGUCCACGGUUCCCGUCAUGUUUAGCUACUGGGCCAAACCUCAGGAUACUUUGGAAUUGUGCCAGUUUUUAAACAACGACCUAGCUGCCACAGUUGCGAGCCAUCCCCGGAGGUUUGUGGGUCUGGGGACAUUACCUAUGCAAGCUCCCAAGCUGGCCAUCAAGGAGAUGGAGCGCUGUGUAAAGGAGUUAGGCUUUCCGGGGGUCCAGAUUGGCUCCCAUGUCAACACAUGGGACCUGAAUGAGCAAGAACUCUUCCAGUUCUAUGAAGUGGCAGAAAGGCUGAACUGCUCCCUGUUCGUGCAUCCCUGGGACAUGCAGAUGGACGGACGAAUGGCCAAAUACUGGCUCCCGUGGCUUGUAGGAAUGCCUUCAGAGACCACCAUGGCUGUUUGCUCAAUGAUCAUGGGUGGGGUGUUUGAGAAGUUUCCCAAACUGAAAGUAUGUUUUGCACAUGGAGGUGGUGCUUUCCCUUUCACAGUGGGAAGAAUCUCACAUGGAUUCAACAUGCGCCCAGAUCUAUGUGCCCAGGACAAUCCAACUGACCCAAAGAAAUACCUAGGCUCAUUUUACACAGACUCUUUGGUUCAUGAUCCUCGAGCUCUUAAGUUGUUAAUGGAUGUCAUAGGAAAGGAUAAAGUCAUUUUGGGAACUGAUUACCCCUUUCCACUAGGUGAGUUGGAACCUGGGAAAUUAAUAGAGUCCAUGGAAGAAUUUGAUGAAGAAACAAAGGAUAAACUCAAAGCUGGAAAUGCUCUGGCAUUUUUGGGUCUGGAAAGAAAACAAUUCGAAUGACUGAAUUCAAGAUAAUAUUUAAUUUUUAAACAUGUAUCACAUUGCUAAAAUCCUCUUCAGAAUAAUUUUAUGCAGAAAUAGAAUAUUACCAAAUACUCUAAAUUAUUCCUAACAAAAAAAUGAUGUAUGCAUGUUUUCCUUCUGAGAAGCAAUACAUUAUUUCAUAGGUAAAUAAAAAAUUAUUUUCCCAAUGUCCUUUUAAUCAACUUGGAAAAGAUAAAAAAUAAGUGUUAUUAAAGAUUUAUAUAGAGAACAGUCAAUACCAGAUUCAUUUUAGGGGCUCCAGUACAUUCUCUAUUUUGAUCAUGUAAAUUAGGUCCAAAUAACCUGUGUUGUUCACUUUUAACACCUUCGAGUAGGCCAGAGUUUGGCUAGGAAUGCAUCCACCUCCACAAAAUGAGUAUGUACAUAUAUGCUUAUGAUCCAAUUAAGAAAGCAUUACAAGGCCAGGGAUAUAGCUCAGCAGCAGAGCAUCUGCCUGGCAAGUGUGAGGCUCAGAGUUUGAUUCUCAAUACCAAAAGAAAAAGAAAAAAGAAAUAUGUACGCUGAUGGAAUAGUCACUAACCAUACAAGAACUUCAAAGAAGUUUCAGUUAGAAGAAUUCAUUUGAUCUCAAAUAGUGGGGCAUAUGCUUGAAUUUGGGCUGAAUCUAGAAAGAUAAAGAAGGCUUUGGAGGGAGGGUAUCUUAGUUAUUUUGCUCUCAAGACAAAAGACUUGACAGGCAAAGUUAAUGGAAGAAAGGUUUAUUCAGCUUACAGUCUAUAGAGGUUUCAGUCCAUAAUCCGCUAGCUCUAAGGUAGGGUGGCAGAGGAACAAGCAUUCAUGAUGGUGGAAGACAGCAAAAGCAAUCAGGGAGAGAGAGGACAAGCAUCCUUCUGUACCUUCUAAUGUAUGGAGGCUACCAGCCCUAGAGAGGGUGUAAUAGUCACACGCUUAAUCUCAUCAUUGGGCCAUGAAUCAACCACAAACUCUAGAUUCAGCCACUUCUGAAACCUCAAAAUCCAACAGGGCAAACAUUAAGUUCUUCAGUUCCACGUUCAGUAUUUCACAAUUGCACUAUUAGCAAAAAGGGACCUAUUCACUUAUUCAAUAUCAUACAUACAUGUAAAUGUUUUACAUACUAAUUUCUUCUUCUAAGAUACCAGCUAUAUUAGAUUAGGGCUCAGACGAUUUAUAUCAUUUUAACUUAAUUAGCAAUUUGAAGACCUUAUAUCUGGCUCCAGUUGCAACAAUCUCCCAGCCCCUAACCCACUUGCCAGCAGGGGCACUACUCUCAGAAGGAAACUCAGCUCAGCACUGCAGCUGUCAUGGGCAAGCACAAGAUGUGGGAAAGGAGCUAUAAAAUAAGACAGGAAUUUUUCAGGUCCUGGGACAUCUGGAGACACUCAAAAAUUUACACUGGACCUUCAAGGACUUUGCCCACUGAGACACAAGACUGCCAGUGAAUUUUGACCACAGAUGUUUAUUAAAAUCUUCCUGCCUACUGUCCCUUGCCUUCUUUCCAUCCCUAUAAAAUGGGCACACUUCUCUUUUUUCUACACAGGUCUUUUUGCUUUCUGUCUACCUGCACCCAAGCACAAUAAAUUCUAUACCACGUUGCCGUUACACGAGCUUGGUGGUGUCUGCUGCCCCUUAGCCCCGUGCACACACACCAUGUGUUACAAUAUCCAAUACAGUCACAUUUUGAAGUCCUCUAUUAGGGAUGCCGCAUAAGAACUUUUAUAAGACACAAUUCAGCACAUAACAAAUACCUUACAUACAUUUACAGACCUACCCGGAUACUACCCAGUGAAAAUAGACAUUUUUCUCAGGUGUCAUUAGCAACACAUGCUUAUGAAUAGAAGUACAGACAUUUGACUGGUUGGUAUUAGAAUAUCACUGCUCACACAACAAUCUAGAGUUUUCAAGAUUUUAUCUCCCUCUUUAUGUACUAUAGUUACUUCUCUAAAGUAUAUGUUGGGGGGGAAAUACCAUCACCACCAUAUUUCCAAAAAUAAACCAUCCAAAUUCAUAACUAUCCAAGUAUUUCUCUUUUCCUUGUACACUACUUUUCCCUGUGUAUCCAGUUCUGGCUCAAUCUACUUCCUAAGCCAGAAAAUAUAAACAUAUAUUCAAGAUAAGCUCA